AUGGACAGGGUGGGAAAGGGUUCUGGAUUCAGGAGAAACACCUUGGUUAGGUCUUGGCAACCAGCAACCACACCUCUGGGGCAAGCAGCCUCAGCUCCAUCUGUGUCUCUCAGCAGCACCCAACCCAGAAGACCUAUCAUUGCACAACAGGCUGCUCAGGCCUGGGCAGAUGAGCAGGCAGCACUGCAGCAGGACCAGGUUCAACAGGAUAAGAUCUGGAGAGAGUCUGUGAAGGCUGAACAGAGAGGAAGAAAAAUCUGGUACCAGAACUGGAGUUUCCUAAAGGACUGUGACCAAAUGGGUAAGAAAAAGGAGCAGAAGCCACUGCCAAACUACAUGCCUGUGUUCUCAAGCAAAGUUCCCAACUCGACCAACCAGAAUAUUGGCAGUCGAACGAACACUGAACUUGGCAGAGCUCUGGUAAACAUGGAUUACUUCUUCAGCAAUGGAGCACGAAAGAAAAAACUUGAGAGUUUUUCUCAAGGCUGGGAGCUCCAGCCUUCCCAGUGGUUCAGCCUCAACCAGCGGCACGGAGACGACCCGGGGGACCCGGAUGCCCUCUGCCCCGCUCUCCCGGCCACCGCGGCGUUCCGCCACACGCCAGCACGGGGACUGCUGGCGGCUCGUCACCGCUUGCGGCUGACAGGAAGCAAUCCCCAGCCGCACCGGCCUCUGGCGAGGCUGAUGCGGAGCGGGGCAGGCCCGCUGCCGGGCCUGGCUCUCCUCACAGGCAGGGCGGCCUCCGCGCCCCCGGGCAGCGUCGGCGCCACGAGGGCUCCGUGA